UUUCUUCUUGAUACCAAAGUGUUAAGAGAGAUCUCUUUAUAUCCUCGCGGCGGUGAAUUUGCUCGGCUCUCUCUCUGUGGAAGGCGGCUAUUUUCAUCGAACAGAUACGAUCAUGCCUAAGCAAAUCCACGAGAUCAAGGACUUCCUUCUGACAGCUAGAAGGAAAGAUGCACGAUCUGUGAAGAUCAAGAGAAGCAAGGACAUCGUCAAGUUUAAGGUCAGAUGCUCCAGGUAUCUCUACACGCUUUGCGUCUUUGACCAAGAGAAAGCCGACAAGCUUAAGCAGUCUCUUCCUCCAGGUUUGAGCGUUCAAGACCUUUGAAGAUGAAGCAAAGUUUCUGCAGAUGAAAUUUUCUUAGGAGAAUUUAUUUUGUGUCGUUAAAUUAUUAUGUUCAGACUUUUCCAGUUUAAGUGUGUUUCGGAUUGAUUCAGUUUGAAAAAUCAAAUGCUUUCUCAAUUCUUAAUUUAAUUUAGAUUUUUUACAAUCA